AUGGCCCAACGUCAAGCACAACUGAAAUUUGGAGGUCAAGGACUGGCUUUAACUGUUCCCAAUCAGUCGUUGCAAGAAUGCUCAUUCAUGUCAAAUUUGAUUACGGACAGAGAGUCUACCUUUUUAAGUUAUUUUAUACCUUCUGAAGAUCCGAAACUUCUCCCCUCCUAUCGGUUUAUGUUUCAGGAAUGCACCGAGUUGAAGCAUUCCAAUCAUAAAAUGCAAGCUUGGAGGUUUCCAGGUGAAGUAGAAGCAUUCAACGAUGAUGGAGAAGAAUACUCUGGCCAGAAACUUCUAAACACACUCAUAAAAGAAUCCGUUUAUGGAAUCGUAGUAUGUGUUCGAUGGUACGGAGGUCAAUUACUAGGCCCCGUUCGAUUCCAACACAUUGUGGACACGGCAAAAGGUGCCAUUCAAAAAUACAAAAAAAAUUUGGAAGAAAAGAAACAGAAAGAGGCAUGGGCGCAUGCUACCAUGGUUCAGCAGCAGCAGCGUCAACCUCGAUCUCUAAAUCCUUUGGACCAGAAGGUUCGUCAGGUAACUGCCAAGGAUCGAACUGUUAAUCUUCUACGCAAGACUCUUGGAUUUCCUGCUUUGCAAGAGGUUGAUUACUACUCAAAACCGUUGAGCACUUUGGAGAUGUUGCUACAAAGUCGAAACAGUAUGAUCAGUGUACUUCGGUCUCAAUUGCAGAAAAACAAAGAAGCUGAAGAAGGAGAAAAAACUUCUGAAACCUCCAAAGAACACGAGGUUACUAUACCCAAGGAGAAAUUGGGCAAUGUCAAUUAUUCCACAAAACAGCCAGAAGGUGCUACAGUACCAUCCGAGAUUUCUGAAGUUCAGGAACCUAUUCAAGAGAAACCGAAUACUGACAGUUAG